AUGGGUCUGUCGGAUACCUUCAUGACGGAUAAAUUCCUGUCCAAUGGUCUCUGUUCCGUCCAUUGUGCAGGGUACUUGUACGCUGUAGUUCAGGGGGACAGCUGUUGGUGUACUGAUAUCGCCCCUACAUCCGUUACCGACCUAGAACAAUGCAGCGACAUGUGUCCUGGGACUGCCAAAGAGGAAUGUGGGAAUGUUGUUGAUGAUUUGUACGGGUAUAUUGUGAUCAUCCCAACUACUCCUGUUACCACGCCAAUUAUAGGCUACAACGACGGAACGUCUACGUUAUAUUCGCCGCAAAUAUCUAUUACUAGUGGUUUAAUUAUGUCUAGUUUACCAUCUUCCACUACUACAUCUCCUUUUACUUCCUCCUCCUCCUCUUUCUCCUCCUCUUUCUCCUCCUCUUUCUCCUUCUCUUCCUCUUCCCCUUCCUCUUCCUCAUUCUCCUUCUCUCUCCCCUCACCUUCCUCCUCUUCCUCCCCCUCUUCCUCCUCCUCCCCCUCCUCUUCAUCUUUCUUAUCCACCUCUAUACCUCCUACUACCACCUUUGUACCCCUACCCGCCACCUCCUCCAUCCCACCUUCCGUGGACUCUACUGAAUAUCUGUCCACCGAAUUGACCCCCUCCAAAACAAAAGCCCCAGUUUCUCCUUCGCCAAUCGAGACCAGAAAGAAAACUUCCAUUCUCCUGAGCAAAGGAAAAACCGCCGGUAUCUUCAUAGGGGUAGGCGUGCUCGUAGCUCUCAUGUUUGCGCUUGCUAUUUUCCUGCUCUACCGCCGGAAGAAGCUUCAAGAAUAUCUCCACGAUAGAAUGGGAGAUGAGGGAGGAAUCCACUCCUUUGAUUUCGACGACGGAGAACACACCUUCAUCCCAGACGAGUUUUACUACGACCCAAAUGGGUCCAUUCCAGCGCCGGGGAUUGGCCGUCUGCCAGAUCUAUUGCUCCUCCAGAGAGGAUCUCCCAAGAUCGACCCUGAUUUUUUCCCCGAGGACAUUGAAGUUGCUUCUCUGACAUACUUCCCUGAAGCGGCCAUUCCAGAACCCGUCAGCCUGCCUGAAACCUUCUUAGACCUGCCACUGCGAGUAUACUUCGGCCCGUUGAUGGAUAUCGACGAUGAGGCUAGUUUGGUGUCUUUGAACGACAACAUAGAUUACUCGCGUAAGAUUAUUAGCCCGUAA